AUGACCGAAGAGUACAUUACUUUGUUGAGAGACGGGUUAAAGAAGAUUAAGGCAGGGGCUACGAGGACUGUUGAAGUUAACAAAAAGAUCACUAACCCUUCUGUCUCAGAAAUAGAUGCAAACGGAGACUGGCAGGAGCAAGUUUAUGAAAGGCUUCAAUAUCUGAAACAAAGAUAUUACUAUGCAGUCACUUUACUUCACAAAAACUGUUGUAAAGAGCUUCAGGUUGAUCCUUCAAGAGAAUGGUCCGAACAUAUUAAACAUAAGAUUCAAUUGGAAAAUAUUCUUUUACUCUUUGAACUGAGUAAAAGCCAGAUCACUGCUGAUAGGAAGGAUCAAGUAAGAAAAGCAGAUGAAUAUAUACGAAACAUUAUGAAUCUUCUCAACAAGUCACCCGAUGUGCAAUCCAAGCAACUGUCUGGCCCGUCCAAUUCUAUAUUUUCUCAACCGAUCGAUAUGGUUUCUCAAGAUCACCGAGUUGCAAUGCCAAUUGGCAGGUCACAAGACAGUAUUAUAAAUCGAUCGUCAAUUGUAAAAGGCCAGAGCAAUGCUGUCAAACAACAGACAAAUAUUGCACUCCAAGAAUUUGGUGUAAACUACAACGCUCCAAGGAUUUCGGCAACUGAAGCAUUUGGUUCAAGGACCAACACUGAGAGGAUUUUACCCGUGAUUAAAGAAAGCAGUGCUGUCAAACAACAGACAAACAUUGCACUCCAAGAAUUUGGUGUAAACAACGACGCUCCAAGGAUUUCGGCAACUGAAGCAUUUGGUACAAGGACCAACACUGAGAGGAUUUUACCCUUGAUUAAAGAAAGCAAUGAUCAAAAUCAAGGAUUUCACAAUACUGAAGUGCAAAGUCAUGCAAUGCAGAAGCUGAUUAGAGCGUUGAAAUCCGUUUCGCCUGAAGCACUGAGUGCAGCAGUUGGUGAAAUUGAAGAGGUGGUUCAUUUGAAUGAUGAAAUACGAGAGGUGGUUGAUGAACAAGGACUACCAUUCUUCAUUACUCCCGGAGGAUGGAAAAUGCCUCGCAGCUUUGUUGCAACCACCUUUGAUACUCCUAGCAUGCGUGAAGGUUUCAAUCAGUUCACUUACACUGCAGAAUCUGACUUGAAUUCUUUCACAACGAAAGGAAAACGCGCUCUAACUGUGAACUGA